CCUUGGUUGAGAGGAAAUGCAAAUGACAGCAAACAUUUCUGUCGCGACGAAGAAGAAGAGGAGGAGAAGGGAAAAUGACGCUGUAGUUACGCUUUACUUAUCACAGCCUCAAGCUCGCGGGAUGCCACUUUGCGCGCCGCUCCUUUAUAAUGAUCAACACAUACCACAGCAGUGUGGCAUCGCUCCCGCCUCCACUGCCGCCGCGCCAGGCUCAGGUGCUCAUCCAGCCUCAGUCCUCGCCUGUGGGCCGCAGCAAGACCUGGCUGCGCUUGCUUCUGGGAGUCCUGGUGUUGCAUUUUCUGCUCACGGCCGGGGGGUUCACCUUCCUGUACUACGCAGGCAGAACGGAAAAGCCGCCAUCAUUACCUGAAGCUACUUUUCAGCAAACUUCCUCCAGAACGUUGGCUCGUAUGAUCGUGGCGAAGCAAGCACGCUUGUCACCACAAGAAUCAACAUCAGGUUACCUCCGGUGGGACAUGAAGCACUCAGUGCUGAGCAACAUUAAUUACUACCGCAAUAGCUGGCUCACGGUCCUGGAGUCCGGAGACUACAUGGUCUUCUCCAGGGUCACCUUCUCCAAAGCCGAUCCAGAGAAGCCGCUGGCCAGCGUGCUCAAGCUGAAGCGCGACGAGUCGGCUGAGGAGAAGGUAGCCAUGCAGGCCUAUUGCAGCCUUGACCCCUCGGGGUUCGGGUCCAAGUCCCAGCUCUGCUCUGUCUCCCUGGGGGAGGUGAUAUCACUGGAGAGGGGGAACCAGCUCAGCUUGUGGGUACAGGACCUGUCACGAGUGGACUACAGCGAGAAGGCCACAAUCUUUGGGAUGUACAAGCUUUAACAGUGUGGAUGACAGGACAUUUUAUUUAUUCGAUUGGACAAACAUUUCGGGACAGCAUUGACAAGGAUUCUUUUUUCGUCUUUACAGCAGGGCUGAUGGACACAUUUUUGUGCCAAAGGUCAUGUUUGAUUUUUUUUUUUUUUGGUUAAACAAACACAUCUCUGGGGAAAAAGUGAGAUCAUGCAAAAUUAUCAGUUUCUCUGGAUAUGAAGUCUGCAUACCCCUGUUCAACAGUUUUUGAAAUGAAAAACAAAAAGAGACUAAUCACUCCUAAACUUUUUCCACCAUUAAUGUGACCUGUAACCUGUUCAACAUAGCUGAAAAAAACAUCUUGUAAUCUUUUUAAGAAAUAAUUUUUUUAAUUAAAAUGUAGUUGCGAAAAUGUGCCCACCCUCUUAGAACUGGAAUGUGGGCGAUAUUAACAAAUCACAAACUCAAAUGGGAGUCAGCAUGCACCUGCCAUCAUUUAAAAAGCCAAGUUCUUGUCGAUUUCCUGACUUUUUAAAAAAGCUUUACAACAGCUAGAUGGUUUUGCGCUAACACUUAUUGCUAUUUGGAAUGGUUCAUAAUUCCCUCUUCAUGUUCAAGUAACUAAUUAUUUUUUAAAAAUUCUAAAAUCAACUGAAAAUAUGACCAAACCCCAAAUGAAGUUUAGAUGUUCUGUCGUUUGUGGUUCAUCUAAUUAUAUCACCAAAUAUUUAAUAUGAAUACAAAAUGCCUAAGUGAGUACAACAUAAAUUAGUUUGUUUUGCAAUAAAUCAAUUAUUUUUAAAAAUUAAUAUUUACUUAACUGAUUUUUUAUACGUUUAUUUUGUAACAUGUCAAAUACAUGCCUGAGAAGACCAGUUUGGAAUAUUUGAAUCCUGUUGUAGCAAUGCACUUGGUCACAUUAAUUUGCAGCACUAUGAAACAUUCAGAGUCCACGUUAAAAUUAAUGUCCUUUUUUUAAUGACUUCAUUGAAAUACAACGACUAUGACACUGUGUAAAUAGGGGGUUUAUACUUCAACUGCUAUUUUUUUUAAUCAUAUGUAUUUUAUAUUUUUGUUGGAGAAGCUCAUAUUAAUUCAA